AUGAAGAUUUUAGCAGUAUGUACUUUGGCAAUUGUUUGCCUGGUACAAUUUGCCCAAGCUGGCAACAUCACUAACAACGAUUUGGCAAAAAGUGCAGAAUUGCAAAAAGUUCUUCUAAAUUCAGGAUCGAGAGAGACUGUGCCAGAAAUAAUCGAAAAACACGGUUAUCCAGCAGAAAUUCAUUAUGUCCAAACAUCUGAUGGAUACAUUUUGGAACUCCAUAGAGUUCCUCAUGCCAAAGAGAGACCUAACAGUGUCACCAAAGGAGUUGCAUUCCUCCAACAUGGACUUCUAGGAAGUUCUGCAGGUUUUGUAGUCACUGGAGAUAAAUCUUUAGGGUUCUAUUUGUCGGAACUUGGUUAUGAUGUUUGGUUGGGCAACUCAAGAGGAAAUACCUAUUCUAAAAAACAUAUCUCUUUGAGCCCUGCUCAAGGAGCAUUUUGGCAAUUCAGUUGGAAUGAAGUAGGAAACUUCGAUCUACCUGCAAUGAUCGACUACGUUCUUAAUGCAACUGGUGAAGAAAAACUACAUCUUAUAGGUCAUUCCCAAGGAUGUACUGAUUCCGUAGUAAUGGCAGCAGAUCGUCCAGAAUACAACGACAAAUUAAAAUCCUUCCAGGCUUUGGCACCUGCAAUUUUCAUGACACACGAUCCAAAUAUCUUUUUUCAAAUUCUUGCUCGAGUUAAAAACCAAGCAGAUUGGAUUACUUCAGCAAUUGGUUUGAAUGAAUUUUUGCCCUCCACUGGAUUUAUUGAAGAAAUUGGUAAAUUUUAUGCCAAGAUGAUGACUGGACUCAAGGAAUUUUGUGCAUGGCUUACUUCAGCAAUUGGUUUGAAUGAAUUUUUGCCCUCCACUGGAUUUAUUGAAGAAAUUGGUAAUUUUUGCCAAGAUGAUGACUGGACUCAAGGAAUUUUGUGCAGUAAUGUCUAUUUCUUGCUUUCUGGACACAAUCCUGAUCAAUUGAAUGCAACUUUGAUUCCUGAAAUUGUACAAAAUCUACCAGCUGGUGCAUCUACAAAACAGCUGCUCCAUUAUGCACAAAUAAUAAAAUCAGGAAAUUUUGAAAAGUACGACUACGGAUGGUUAAAAAAUAACCUGAUUUAUGGACAGGCUUCUCCACCAAAAUAUGACUUGAAGAAACUUACUGCACCAACUUAUUUGUAUUAUUCUGAUAACGACAAACUGGUCGCUCCUCAGGACGUUGAAUAUUCGGCAGAACAGUUGCCAAAUGUAAAAGUUUUGCACAAAGUUGAUGACCAACUUUGGGGUCAUGGUGACUAUUUAUUUGGCAUUGAUGCAAUUGAAUUGCCUCAAAUAAUAGAAAAACAUGGUUAUCCUGUAUUGAAAUAUGAAGUUCAAACAGCCGAUGGAUAUUUAUUAGAAGUCGACAGGAUACCAUAUGCCAAGGGCAGACCUGGUAGUUCUACCAAAGGACCAGUAUUGGUCCUUCAUGGUAUUUUUUCAAGUGCUGCUGAUUUUGUUGUCAGUGGAGAAAAAUCUUUAGGUUUUUUCCUUUCUGAAUCUGGAUACGAUGUUUGGCUUAGUAACACCAGAGGAAGCACCAAUUCCAAAAAACACAUUUCUUUGGAUCCAGCCCAAGCUGCCUUCUGGGAAUUCAGUUGGCAUGAAGUUGGAAUAUUAGACGUACCAGCCAUGAUUGAUUAUAUUUUUGCAACAACUGGUGAAGAAAAAUUGCACAUUCUCGGACAUUCUCAAGGAAAUAACGACUAUUUUGUCUUUGCAUCAGAAAGACCAGAAUACAAUGAUAAAGUACGAUCUUACCAAGGAUUAGGACCAACUGUCUUCAUGAAGCACCAGCCUAAUAUAUUCGCGCAAAUUGCUUCAAGAUUUUCAGGAAUAUUAGGGUGGGCAGCAAAACAAAUUGGUCUCAACGAAUUUUUUCCUCGAUCAGAUUUUAUUGAAGGACUUGGAAAAUUACUUUGUGAAGACGACGACUGGACUCGAGAUAUUGUUUGCAAAAAUCUUUAUUAUGUUUUUGCUGGAUACGAUCCUGAUCAAGUCAAUGCCACUUUAAUUCCUGAAAUUUUAGAAAAUAUUCCAUCUGGUGGAUCUGCAAAGGAAUUGCUUCACUUUGCACAAUUAGUAAAAUCAGGAAAAUUUCAAAAGUUUGAUUACGGUUUGAUAAAGAAUUACCAAAUUUAUGGACAAAUUCAUCCUCCGGAAUAUAAUUUGUCUGUAAUUACAACUCCUGUGUAUUUGUAUUAUUCCAAAGCUGAUGUAGUAGUCUCAUAUAAGGAUGUGGAGUAUUUAGCGGAACAACUUCCAAAUUUGAAAGAAUUAUACAAAGUAAAUCAUACUUUGUGGUCUCAUGUAGAUUUUUUGAUGGGAGUCGAUGCAGUUGAUUUAGUUUAUCCAAGAAUUGUUGCUAAUAUGGAUAAACAUUAA